AUGGCCCCUGCUUUAACUCGAGUCAAGAAAGAGCAACUACGAAAACGCCGUAACAACCUGCUUCGUCGUCACAAUGAAUUUUGGCUUCUGUAUGGGAUCAAAAGCUGGCUGGUGAUGGAGCUCCCAGACGGUCAAAUCGUUACGUAUCAUUCUCACCCAAACAGCACUCCACCAUCAGCAGAAAACAUGACAAACCGCUCCAAGCCCCCAAUUGUCAAAACAUCCCACGAUUACGAUACAACAAACCCUCGUCAGCCGACGGAUAAGAUGAUCCCCCAUGUCAAUCCUCUAGCCCGAGAAAGUGGUAUAUGGAAGGAUCUGGCGUACGCCCUGGAUGAAUGUCGUCGGUCAACUGUAUGA